AAUUGUCCAUAAACGCAUAAACAUUCAAAGCCUUGCCAAUGCACCUAGUCUGAAUAGUUUUUCGUUGAUAUUUAACUUGUCUUAGGAGGAGGGAUCCAUCUUUUGCAAACGUUCGAUAAGAAGACAGAAGUCUCGAAAUUAUCAAGAGCAACCGAGAGAGAGAAAAAGUGGGCGGCUUUGAAAGAUUUUGUGGUAGCAUCAGAACCGUCAGUCAUCGUAAUUCCAAACAAAAACUAAACUUAAUCAACUGAAACAUAAAUAUUCUCUCUCUAGGUAGAAAGAAAAAGUGGGCGGCAAGAUGGCGAAGUCAAAGACGAUUGAUGAAGACGCGCGUUCCCGGCGGUGCUCGCCGGUGCGGCCGUCGUCUAAGGGCACGGCACCGAUUGUGCAGGGGGUGAAGGGUGGUCCAAAGGCAAGAGCGAAGUCCAAAUCUAGGCCGCGGGGUUCGGCUUUGGAGCUGCAAGGAAGCGAUGCAGAAACUGGCUUUGAACGGACGGAGUUCCAUCGACGACCGCCAGUUCGGGAUGCUCGUGGUUCUCACCAGAAGGGAGGGAUGAAGACGGGUAAGCCGAUCUCGCCUUCUUUCAGUUAUCCUCCUGUGCGUGCAGAUGGGUCGAAGUCGGAGCAGCCUGCUGCUAAUCUAGAUGUGGUUGAUUAUGUUCGGAAGGAGAACGACAUGCUGUCGGCGGCUCUUUCUGAGAAAGGGUUUGAGUAUGUCUUGAAGGAUUUUCGGAUGAUUCUCUCGCUGGAGGAGGCGCAUCUGAUGCAGAGGACUAUUAGUAAAGUUCGAUCGGCCUUGGGUCAGGAACUCCCGAGGGUUCCUUUGUUGGCAAUAAUGACGGUCGGUGGGGUCAAGAGAGGGAGUAGGUCUGAUGGCGCUUGCUCUAGUUCUGGGGAUGAGCAGAUGGUUGAUUGCGAAGGGUCACCGAUUGGCUCUCCAAGAGGCUCGAGAUCUGAGUCUGAAAGUGGUGAGUCGGGGGAUAAUUCUUUUACAGGCAGCGAUUCCGGGGACGCUGAGGAGCCCUCAGUGGACGCUGAGGAGCCCUCCGUGGACUGGGAGUCGAGAUCUGAGUCUGAAAGUGGUGAGUCGGGGGAUAAUUCUUUUACAGGCAGCGAUUCCGGGGACGCUGAGGAGCCCUCAGUGGACUGGGAGUUGGCUAAUAAGGCUUUAAACCCGAUCUUUGAUGGUCGGGAGUCCUUGAAUAGUGAUCGUCGGUUCUUUCCCAAAGGGGAUCUGCAAAUUCAGCCGGGUGCGAUGCAGGCUUCUAGGUGUAAAGAUGGUCGUGCAGGUCUCCCAGAUAGCAUGCAGUUAGAGGAGCCUGAUAAGGAUGCCGUGGUUAUUCAGAGUGGUUGUGCGAAUGGAGCUAGCAGUAGGCCUCAUUGUGCGUAUGAAGAGGAUGAAAUUCGCACUGAAGUGGUGGGUAUGGAUGCUGAUUACAAGAGGGGCAGUGGUGGUGUUCCGGUGGCUGGUAAGGGGUCAUCGGACAUAGUGACGGGGGUUCGGAGAGAGGAUACGCAGGGCAUGGGUCGACGGAGCUGGGCGGAUUACGAGGAUCGGCCGUCGUCGGAGCAUGUCGAAGCGGUGUCCGGCGGCAAGGAGCGGUCCCAGAUUUCUCGUGAUCCGGGAAUUGAUACCCCUCAAACGGCGGGAAUCCCGGAUCCACCUAUGCCGUUGAUUUCUUGCCCUUUUGUGGAUUUGAUUGACAGUGAUCCCCCACGUCAUCUGCGUGAUGGAGGGAUUUCAGGGAUGGGACAGCCUAUGCAUUAUGGGGGUAGGCCUAUUAAUUUUGGGCAAAAUGGAUCUAACUGUGGCCUUAAGGGAGUUGGGCUUCCAUCUCCUCAAGAUGUUAUUGACUCUCACGAUCAAGGCCGAUUAAAUAAGGAGGCUGUGGCUCAGGCCCACAAUGACCCUGUGCAUGGUGGAUCUUUUGCUGGUCAUUUGAGCCGAGAGGGUAAUAUUUUAAGGGAGGUUAAAAGGAAUGCCAAGCUCGAUCAAUUUCGGCCCACUGGCCUGGUGGAUUCAGGCAAUUUACGUAUUCAUAAGAAAUUGGGGUUUUAUCCGCCAAUUAAUUUUCCUGCUGAUGGCCCCACAGUUUGUUUCUCAGAAGAAGUUAUUGACAGAGGGGUGAAUUAUUGGAAAAAUACCCUGAUUGGGUAUUUCAUUGAUAGCCAACUUCCCUUCCAGGUAGUGCAAUCUAUUGCUAGGCAGUUCUGGCGGUGCUUUGGUUUUAUUGAGUGUCCGUUAAUUUUGAGAAUUUGGGAGGUGGGUAUGGAUUUCUCAAGGGCAAUUCUUUCAGCAGUGCCUAUUUGGGUGAAAAUUUUUAAUAUUCCUUUGGAAGGAUGGAACGAGGAGGGAAUUGCAACGGCUGCUAGUGCCCUUGGUCGGCCUAUCCAUGCGGAUUUCAUGACGGAAGAUAGGACGCAGGUUGAAUUUGCCCGAGUAUGUGUAGAGAUGGAUGCUUCAUCUGAAUUCCCUAGGCAUAUUAAUUUGUAUCAAGGAAUUGAUGAAAGCACAGGGGAGCCUAAGCUUUUGCGUAUGCCUGUGGAGUACCAGUGGAUUCCGCCUACUUGUUCUCAUUGUCGGGUGUUUGGGCAUAGUCUAGCUAAAUGCCCAAACAGGUCUUCCCAGCUAUCUCAGCCGAUGCAGGGGCAAGCUGGUACGGUUCGGGAAAAGUCUCAUGGUAAGGGGAAGAUGGUUAAAGAGGUGAAUGAAGUCCCCGGGGCAGCAAUUGAAUAAAAAGGUGGACCAUGCGUCUACUUCUCGUUCUCAUCCAAUUAGUGAUGCAGAGAUGGUAAUGGCAAAUCGAUUUUGUACACUAGCAGAGGUAGAUAUGGAUAUUCCUUCUCCU